AUGUGGGCCGAGGGAGAUUGGAUUAAAUCUAAGAACCAAGUCACAGUUGCACACGCGUGGACAACGAGAAAUUCACGGAGAUCGCGAAGUAAAUUUAGCUGCUCUUUCUUCAAAGUUGUAUUGAAAUAUCUCAAGUUUUAUUGCCAGUAUUCUAGUUUAGCUGGUAUCAAGUAUCUCGCCAAUUCCCGAACUUGGACAGAAAGUUUUCACGCAAACGUCACGGAUCUGUCAGUCGGCGAAAUCCUCGGCUUGCUUGUCCAGCUGGGCAGUCAGUAUGCGUCCGAAUUCGAAAUGGACAAAAAUCGCAAUAAGCAGGUCCAUCAACUUUUAACGACCUAUUACGAGGGAGAUUACGAUAUGAUCGACAUAAUGAAAACUCUGUCGCCGCCGUGCUCGACUAUGUUACUGAAAUGCAAACUGCACGGGAAAAUCCAAAACUGCUCGAGGCUUUUCACGUUUCGCAAGACGCAGGACGGAUUUUGCUGCGCCUUCAAUUACGCGCGUGAAGACGACGACAUUCCCGUAAUGCCGGACGUGCUGAAAUCGAUCCCAGUGUACCCAGUGUACGAUCUCGGGAUAGAUCGCGGUCUCACUGUCCUGUUGGAUCCAUUUCUCGAUGAUUAUUUCUACCAAAUACUACCCAUUAUGGGUUGGAAGGUGAUCCUGUUCGAUCCUCACGACUAUCCGGACGUGACCAGUGGAGGUGUAAUAGAAAUACUCGCGAUGCCGAGCAGCGAGACUUAUGUGGAUGUAACCGCGACAUCCUUCAUCAGCACGAAAGCUAUCGAGGGUUACUCCAUAGCGAAGCGCAAGUGCAUCUUUAGCAAGGAGAUACAAACACUGUAUGGCGGCACGCGCUACACUUACAGUGACUGCAUAGUCGAUUGCAAGAUACACGACAUUCAGAAUCUCUGUGGAUGCAGGCCAUUCUUCUACCCGCGACGUGGCAAAUACGAAUAUGCAAUUCGUAUAUGCAACAACAUGGACUUGGAUUGCUUGGCGAAGUACAAGUCUAAAUGGUGGACCGUUUUUCCUCACGAUGACUCGAACAACGAUGAGCAUAUUCUACACCAACCUGAUGGCCUACACUGUCGCAGUUGCUAUCCCGUCUGCGAGGAUACUACGUAUGAUGUACUGAGUUCAAAGAGUUACAUGACUCCUGGUACAUACAUGACCGAAUUUUUGCGAAAUGCCACCAUUAAUGAUCAAGCGAUAUUGCAUGUAUUUUUCUCAAAAUACGGCUCGAUCAGAUUGAAACAGGAUGUGGCUUAUUACUGGUACGAACUCAUGAGCGAUAUCGGCGGUAUAUGCGGCGUCUUCAUCGGCUUCAGCCUCAUCAGCGUCGUGGAGAUUCUGUACUUCGUCAUGCUCGUCUUCCGCGAAAUGCUCUGCAAGAGAUGGGUAAUAGAGGACGAAAGCCGCGAGAAAGAAAUUCCGAACCAGCCGAUACGAACGAUUUAUUGGAGCGAGUUACUGCCGCGAACCUGGCAGGCGGCGCCUUAUUACGGUCAUCUUCCGAAAAAUAGGACCAAAUACUAA